GGACUGGCCGCGCGCGGCCUCCGGGGGCUUCCGGCUGCCUCUGCUAGAACCGGGUGACGGAGGGGCGGGACGUGGGGAGGGGCUUCAGGAGGCGCGCAGAGGGUGUACGACCCCUCCUCAUCGCACCCCUUCUCCUCCUGGCGGAGCCUCGAAGCCCACCUGGGGCCAGGGACAUCGGGAGGCAGCCGAGGCCGAGAUGCCUGGACAGAGACCCAGGAAGGGCCCCCAGGCCCGAGGCCAGGGGGUGGCGGCGGCCAAGCAGCUAGGGCUCUUUGUGGAGUUCAGUCCAGAAGAUAUGUUGCUGGAGGCUCAGGAGGAUGCAGAAGAUGAUGGAGACCUGGAGGCGGAGCUGCUGGCCCUCACUGGCCACCCUGGAACCCCAGAGAGCAAGGCCAGGCCCAGGGGGAAAGCUCCCCUGCCCAUGGCCCACAUCGAGAAGCUCGCUGCGGAAUGUCUGCAGGAUGUGGGCGACGAGGCCUCGGAUGAGGAAGACGAAGGGCUGGAGACGGAUACGGACCUGCUGGCAGAGCUGCAGGAGGUCCUGGGAGGAGAGGAGGAGGGAGAGGGAGAGGACGGUGAUGGACCGAGCAGCCCUGAGGAGGUGGCGACUUCGGCGGCCCCCACGCAGCUUUCUGCCCCAGCAGCACUGGAGGUGGCGCCCACGGCAGGUGGGUUGCAGGGGCUGCUGGAAGAGCGGAUCGCCAACUACCAGGCCGCAGCCGCCAGCGCCAAGGAGGCCGGGGACGGGGCCAAAGCCCGGCGGUGCGAGCGAGGCCUGAAGACCCUGCAGACCCAGCUGGCUGCUGUGAAGAAGGGCAAGAAAGUCAACGAGGAGGAGAUCCCGCCCCCUGUGGCCUGUGGGAAGAGACCAGAACUGCCCCCCACUGCAGCAAGCAAAGGUUCUGGGGACCCCCCAGCUGCGCCAGAUGCCCCAACUACGCCAGGCCCUCCAGCUCCUGCCGGUGACCCAGAGCCAGACUCUCGGCUGCUGUUGCUGACCCGACAGAAGGAAUACAAGGUGGCCGCCCUGAAAGCCAAGCAGGAGGGGGCGCUGGAGCAGGCCCGGGAGUACAUGAGGAUUGGCAAGAGGUUCGGUGCUGUGCUGGAGGCCCUGGAGAACGGGCAGCCCGUGGACCUGAGUGCCAUGCCUCCCGCCCCUUCAGAGCUCAAAGCCCUGCCAGCCCCCCGCCCUGGCCCGCUGGAGCACUCGAAGCCUGUGAUGUCAGCCCCUACCCCUACCCCAGCCCCAGCCCCGGCCCCAGGGCUCCCUCCCCAGCCCCAAACGGUUCUGGAGGCCUUGGGCCAGAGGCUAGGCAAGUACCAAGAAGCUGCAGCCCAGGCCAAAAGCAGCGGAGACCAGAGGAAGGCGCGCAUGCACGAGCGCAUUGCCAAGCAAUACCAGGAGGCCAUCCGAGCUCACAAAGCCGGCCGGAAAGUGAACUUGGCUGAACUUCCCGUCCCCCCAGGCUUCCCUCCCAUCCCUGGCCUGGAGGCCCCCUCAGACCCUGAGGACAAUCCUUUGGCAGCAGCCCUGAAGGCGGCUCAGCUUCUGGGCCGCCCCGAAGGGGAGGACGAGGAGGAGGAGGAUGAGGAGGGAGAGCCCCAGGCUCCAGUGGCCAAGAAGCCGGCACAGCAGCCUGGCCCAGCGCCCCAGGUAGCCAGGCCCUCGAUGGCGCCGUCCCCCGAGCCCAAGGGCUCGGCCUCCCAGGAGGCCUUGUCCCCAGCAGCCCGGGAGCAGCUGGCCUCGCUGGAGAGCCGGAAACUGCAGUGCCAGCGCGCCGCCCUGCAGGCCAAGCGGGCCAAGGACCUGGAGCAGGCCAAAGCCCACCUGCGGGCCGCCAAGGCCCUGGACGCCCAGAUAGCCCUGGUGCGCAGCGGCCGUGCGGGCAGCCCCGGGACCAAGGUAUCUUCCCCGCUUUCCGACGAGGACGGCGGCUUCGUCCUCAUUCGCCACGAGGACGUGGGGCCCUCUCAGAAGGCCGAGGAGGUGUACGCCCAACUCCACAAGAUGCUGCAGGAGCAGCAGGAGAAGUGCCUGCUGUACUCCAAGCAAUUCAUGCACCAGGGCAACGUGGCAGAAACUACCCGGUUUGAGAAGCUGGCCCAGGACCGCAAGAAGCAGCUGGAGAUCCUGCGGCUGGCGCAGGCCCGAGGCCUGGACCCGCCCAGCCACCGCUUCGAGGAGAAGACCUUCCAGACCGUGAGGAUCUUCUCAGAGCUCAACAGCACCGAGAUGCACCUUCUCAUCGUGAGGGGCAUGAACCUCCCGGCCCCCCCAGGCGUGACCCCGGAGGACCUGGAUGCCUUUGUCCGCUUUGAGUUCCACUACCCGAGCUCGGACCAGGCCCAGAAAAGCAAAACAUCCGUGGUGAAGAACACCAACUCUCCAGAGUUUGACCAGCUCUUCAAACUGAACAUCAAUCGGAACCACCGGAGCUUCCGCAGGCUGGUCCAGAACAAGGGGAUCAAGUUUGAGAUUUUUCACAAGGGAUCCUUCUUCAGAAGCGACAAGCAGGUCGGGACGGCCCAUCUGAAGCUGGAGCGCCUGGAGACCCAGUGCGAAAUCAGGGAGAUUCUGGAGGUCCUGGACGGCAGAAAGCCAACAGGGGGCAAACUGGAGGUGAAGGUGAGGCUCCGGGAGCCGCUGAGCGGACAGGACACCCAGGUGGUCACAGAGAACUGGCUGGUCCUGGAGUCCCGGGGCGUCUGAGAAAAGGAGACUGAGGCCGUGGGGGAUCCCUUCCAGGAGCCGGCCCGGGUCUGCUGCUCGCUCCCAGCUCCACCAGACCAGCUUGGAGCUGGAGAAGAUGCUGCUACCCCAAGCACCAAAGACUUAGCAAGAAAAUGCACUGCUGCUGACCCCCUUCCCCCAGGGGCUGGGGAGCCACAGGAGGAGGAGGCGAGCUUCAGCCCCCUCCCCACCUCUGACAGUGGGCUGGGGCUCCCAGCCACCACCACCCCGGACCGUGUCCGGGCCGGCCUGCGCUUGUCGGCUCUCGGCUCUGCUGCCCGGGUGCUGGCAGAAGGUGGAGGGAAGGUCUGGCCACUCGGUAGCCCCCAUUUGCUCCCCAGCAUCUCCCUGGAUGUGCCUUUAAAAGACAGAAAUGUUGGAGGGUUGGGAGGGGGCCGGGACCUGGGCCGCCCUCUGGGGAGCGCCCCCCCUCCCGGCCCUGCUCAGCCCCCGCCCGGUUCCGUGCCUUCUUCUUGGACAGUGACUUGCACUAGCUUUCCUACUUCCCCAAAGGUGGAGAGGACAAAAGCGGCCUUGGGUACCACGUGGGGGGGGGGGGGGGGGGCUUUGCUCCCCAGACCCGUCCCCUCCCCGCCCUCUAAGUAAAGACUGUUAACUGGAAACGAAAGAAAA